AUGGACAACAAAACAAUGCCAUCGUAUUUUUAUUUCACAUCAUUUAAGGGAUACGAAAAUGUAAGAAUACUUUAUUUUCUGUUAACAAUAUUAGCAUACUUUCUCAUCAUUCUCUUCAAUGUGACUAUCCUGCUGGUUGUAUUGAAGGACAAGUCUCUUCACGAGCAGCCCAUGUAUCUGUUGAUGUGCUGCCUGUUAUUCAACUCUCUGUACGGCAGCUCUGCACUGUUUCCGAGACUUUCUGCUGACAUUUUGUCCAAUACUCAUGCAAUAUCGCGCCCGGCAUGUUUCACACAAAUAUUUGUUGUUCACACCUAUGAGAUAUCGGAGUUUACUCUAUUGUCUGUGAUGGCCUAUGAUAGAUAUGUGGCCAUAUGUGACCCACUGCACUAUCACAGUAUCAUGACACAGAGGAAGACGUUUCUGCUCGUUUUAUGUGCUUUUUCCUGGUCACUCUUUUGUGUGAUCUUUGGCUUAUAUUUGACAAUCAGGCUCCCUUUGUGUGGCUAUAAGAUACCAAGCAGGGUGUAUUGCUUAAAUUGGUCCGUAGUAAGACUUUCCUGUGUGUCUACUGUAGUAAACAAUAUUUGGGGAUUUUUUGUUGUAGUGACAACCAUAUUUCUGCCUGCAGGUUUCAUAUUGUUCACAUACAUCAGGAUUCUCAUUGUCUGCAGAAAAAGCACAGCUGAGUUUAGAGGCAAAGCGCUGCAAACGUGUCUACCGCACAUUGUCAGUUUUGUCACCUAUUCAAUUACAACAUUUUCAGAUGUUGCACUCAGUCGGUUUGAUCCCUCUCAGAUUAUACAAUCUUUAGUUUUGGUCGUUUCACUUGAAUAUUUUGUGGUUCCGCCAUUACUGAAUCCUCUGAUCUACGGCCUAAACUUACCAGAUAUCCGACGGAGAAUUUUCAAAAUUAGAAUUUCAUUAAAGGUUGUUGUGACAUGA